GAAUUGGUUGCGGCGUCAUGACGUCGCCUGCGCUGGCGGAUGCAUUGGCCGUCGAGCACGUGUUUGGCAACUUCCACGACUAUUACGACUUCAACCCAGAAAGUGAACGGCUGCGGUUCCUCACGGCGGACCUUCGACGAGCGUUGCGACGGCUCUUUCAAACGCAGCCACAUGGGUAUGGCACGCUGCUCGACGUCGGAUGCAACGAAGGCAAACUCACCAUGGGCUUGUACGACGCCCUCAUGAGCAACACUGUAACCUCGUCGUCGACGCACGCUGCGGCGGUGUUUUCGACAGACUGCCUGGCCCAGCUCAAUGAUUUCCUCCAGCCACAUCGACUUCGACCCGAGUAUAUUACUGUUGCGGACACUGGCACGGCCCACCGGCCGCAGUUCGUUCUCCACGUGUACAUCUACGGUGCAUUCUUUGGCGAAGGCAGAGGAGUGUCCAAGAAAGUUGCCCGCGCGAGAGCGGCCACCGCAGCGUUGAGACACUGGUGCCACAUUCACCAGCUUCCUGAGGCGACAUCUCACGCAGAUUUUGCAAGGCCAGACACAGCAGCCGUUUCCGAAGACAACACGCCUGAUGGCUUUGAUUUACGCGUCGUAGGCAUCGACAUCGACGGGACAUUGAUUGAUCGCGCGGCGACUCGGUGGACAAACCAUCCACAUGUCUCUUUCCAAACGGGCGACAUCAUGAAUCCAAACGAGGCGGCGGACCUGUGUGCUUCAAUCCUGUGCCCGUUGCCGCCACCCGAGUUGCCGCCGCGUCGAUUUGACGUUGUCACGUGCUUUAGCAUCACGAUGUGGAUUCAUCUGAACCACGGUGAUGUCGGGUUGAGCUCGUUCUUGGAUACGGUCAGCAACUUGGCGUCACAUUUAAUCGUGGAGCCGCAGCCGUGGAAAUGCUAUCGCACGGCCAUGUCACGGCUGAAGCGCAAGGGCAUCAAGAACCCGUUCGCGUUUCAAGCGCUCAAAUACACCCACAACAACGUCGCGAUGUUUAUCGACGCCAAAUUAACCGAGUCGUUUGGGUACAAGAAGAUGCUUGGCAAGACCAAUUGGAGCCGGCCCGUGUGGCUCUAUAGCCGAGAUCCUCUGCCUGGCAUCGUGUACGACACCACGUUAAAUGUAGCCACACCAAAGUCUUGAAUCGACCCCCUCGUUCGACUAUUGC